CGAUGCGUUUGAAAUAAAAGCGAAUUCGAAUAAUGUUAAGCAUAACAACACAUGUGAUGUUAUGGCAGUACAAACUCUACUUGAAUUAUUAGUCGGCAGAUUGGCCACUUUUGAGAUGAUCAUAUGAUGAAAUAGCGGUUCAAGUAAGUCUGCUCUACAGCCUCAAAUGUGAAUUCGAUGACUCUUACAGGUGCGUGCAGCCGACGUUCUCGUCGUAUUGCUAUGCUACAUAGUUCAGCUGCUCUCACACCGGCGAAGUCAGCAAGUGAAUUGGCGAAACGUUUUUGAUAUGCGCUUGUUUAUUUGUUUACAGUGUGCUUCUUCUGUUUGCACUUGCGGCGAAUGUACGCUUUCCUCUAUCGGUGGUCCGAGGUGUUGGGCAUUACAGAUGGAAGAAGAUGUCUCUUAUUCGAUCGCAUCCGCUAAUGAAGACAGACUCGCCAUCAAACAGGAGUGUGCCAGUCCUCAACGAGAUGACAUGACCUUGUUCGUCGAAGAUUCUCUUAUUUGUGAAACCGUGGUCACUAGCCGUGACGACGCCCUUCUAGACGUCCCCUUAAGUGAGAAUAAUGUACUCGAAAAAAUUGAUACGCGUAGAACGGAAUUUGUUGGCAGCUACCGUGGGCCGGAAGAUAGAAAGCCAAUUUUGGAUUCAAACACGUCUAGUGAAGUCGGCUCUAACGAGACGUCUUUAAACUCACAGCCUACUUCAACAUCUGUUUUAGAGGUAGAACGACAGACGUUCUCGUUCGAGACUGACCAUCUCGCUCUUCGCGCUAACAACGAAUAUAAAAGUAUCGUUAAAUUGUUGGUAUUACUCGAAGCUCAGCGCAUGCGCGCCAUUCAGGAUAUUAACCAACUAGAAGCCGAAAAGAAAGUUGCUCUGGAAAAUCCAAUGGGGUUUGUUCAAAGGCUUCAAGAACGAACGAUCUCGUUGCCGACACGACAAAUAGUUGCAGAAGUACCGGAGGUCGAUUGCGCAAGGUACGCUAUACCGCCAGUCUAUUUAGGUGCUACGCCGAAGUCGACGAGGGCUGCCGCUGGUGCUCCUGAUCAGAAUGCGACAGCCUCGACGUCUUCAGCACAGGGACCAUCUUCUUCGUCAUUGUUGCACGAACUGUCUUCUACAUAUUCUGAAAAGGAGCCAUCUCCAAGUGCACGACAGCUUCAACAACACUCGCUGAAGAAUCGUCCAGAAACCUACAAUAAACCAUGGAGUAUAGAGGAACAAAAGAGACUUGAAGAACUCCUCAUCAAGUUUCCACCAGAAGCUGUCGAGGCGCAACGAUGGCGUAAGAUUGCUGCUGCACUUGGUAAUCGUACGAUUAAACAGGUGGCCAGCAGGGUGCAAAAGUACUUUAUUAAACUGGCCAAGGCAGGACUUGAGGUGCCAGGACGAGUUCCGAACAUACCGAAAUCGUCACGCAAGGUUCGACGCGUUCAAUCUACUUUAAAAACGCAAGCUUUCUACCUGUCAACGUUUUUCCCACAACACGCUAGUCCCAUCACAAUGGACCCAGACACGCCCUUGCAGGAAAGCCCUGUAGUACUCUCGAAUCAUAACCAGUCGAAAGACAACAAAUCCUCUCAGGCCGAAAUCCAUUGCGGUGUGUGCCUGAAAAAGUUGGACAGCAGCCUGCGGUUUCAAUGCGUGGAAUGCAAUGUGAAUUUGUGCGUAGAUGGAACGUGUCGACAAAAGUCGUCGUGUGUGAUCGCGGGCCAUGUUGUACAAAUGGUUGCGGACACGCAGGUUGACAGCGACUACGUGAUCAAUGACCACUACCUUGAUCCCAACUAUCUCCCGUCGACCAGCUGAUUAGUACGUUGACAGUAGGAUAUAAACAAAAGAACCAACCAUUUUCGACAAUCAGGUACCUAAGGCCUAGGCAAAUGGUCUUGUUCUAAUGUUCAGUACUUCAGUCAUUUGGAAAAUGAAAGUAGCGGAACACACGAGAAAUAUCGUGGUAAUGAUGUAUGUUCCCCAAAUAUUGAUAAGCAUAAUAAGAUAUUUGAUUGAUCACUAUUUUAUUUCAUGAAGUUGAUCGUAACGUUACAUCGCUUGUUGGGAUAAAUCAAUCCGAGUUCUCCAUAGAAUAUGUAGAAGAACAGCCGUUUCGUCAGGUGGGAACCUAAAAUCUAGAGAAAGAAAAACAGAGAUCUUUCUCUAUCAAAAUCUUGCAAACUUUUUUCGAUGACAAGUAUAAAUUUCACCCAUGUUACGCACGGCGCGGAUCAAAAUUGCUAAAAUUUACAUAACUUUCGAGGAAGCCGGUAACAUGAAAAAUUCUACAUUUGUAGAUAUAAUCACUUUGUAUAGAACAUUUCUUUAUUGUAUAGUGUAAAUGUUUCGUAGUAAAGAUGCUAGUGACGCAACAGUAUCUAAUAAAAGCUGUUGAUUGUUUGUUACCUCCUUCAGAUUAGGAAGCAAGUCUAAUUUCGUCAACGACUUUAUGUAAAUAAUUGUUACACUUGCUGAUAUUUCCUGGGUCAAUAUCGCUGUGCUAUAGUUAAAGUUAUACAGAACUGUAGCAGAAGCAGGGUAUUAUUGUACGCACAUUGGCUCGAACGUUGUGGGACCAUUUUUUGACUGCAGUCUUCCCAGGACGCGAAAGCUCAUCACUGAAAAAUAUGCUGCCGGCAAUUUUCUCAGUUGGUUGAAAAAUGCCUUUCGAUUUUUAAAGUGUGGGUACAGCUGAAUUAGUAAGGUAAACUGUCAGAAGCUAUGAAUGUUUUGCUAGAGGCAGAAGUGCACUUCCCGACGAUGCGUGUUUGUAGUGUAAGCGCUAUCGCCAGUCUAUACAUACUGCAUAACAAACGAUUGUGCCAACCAACUUCCGCUGUUUUUGACUUAAUGUAAUAUAGAAAAAAAAAAUAACAAUAGCUUCAGAGUUGAGGUAGAUUUUCUAAACGUAAAGUAUGUGUGUAUAUGUAACAAUAAAUUGAAAUUAUGCACAGGCCA